CCACACCUGGGCAGAUACCCGUGGUUUAGCUUCCAUCUGAGUGAUACUGGCACCUUGGCAAACUUACUUCUUGUCGGCAAACAGCCUUGCAACGGUGUGCCCGGGUAGAUUCUGUCCCCGUACAAAGGUACCGGUAGAUUCCAGCGGAACGAUGCUCAAGGGGCCACGAACGGAUAAGGGGUUUGUCUUUGUCACCGCCGACGCUCAUGGUCAAGCGGCUGCUGGAGAUCGUAAGCUCAUACGGAGUCACGUCAUGCGGGGGAAGAAUACCCGUACACGAGCUCUUCCUGGUCGAGUGAAGGGCCGUUCCCCGGCUACCGCUGUGGGAAUACAACGGCCGCAGCAUGCUGCAGGAGACAGUGAUUCUUCUGAAGAGUCCCACGGAGCUCGGGCACGAAGUGAGCUGCUCGACUCUGACGAGGAUGCUCUGGCCCGCAUCAGACAUGCAGAAAUGGUCCCCGGUGCUGCCGACAUGUUCACUUUCAUCAAGUUCCCUGAAGACAUCGAUAGUAGUUCGCGCAGCUUGCUAUGCGCAUGUACGAUGAUCCACGAGCUUAACAAGCAACUAUCUGAUCCGAACACUGCACUGACCGACUCGACAACCAUUGUCGUCAUGGCCUUGGCCUUGAUCGCCGAGUCCUUUGGAGACGUAGAGUCCGCCCACAUGCACGUGAUGGGUCUCAAGAAAAUCGUCGACCUCCGUGGUGGCAUAGAAUCGUUUGCAAGUCACCCUCUGCUUCAAUCCAAACUUCACCGAACUGGUCUAGUCCACAGCAUCUGCACCGGCGCGAAACUAGCCUUUCACCAAGAUGCUGCGUCGUUUGACUCAGCUUUCGACAGUUCAUCUGAACUUGCCCAGCUCAAGCCAUCGGACGCGUCCUGCUUCUCCCGCUCGCGCUCUGUGGUACGGACUUUAGAAAAGAGGCUCCAUGCCAUCUUGAAGGAUGUCCAGGACCUCUCACAGCUUCUCAACGAUAGCCACGAUUCCGGUCACAAGAUACGGGAGAUGUCUCUCGAGGAUCUCAUAACAUACAUUCAAUCCCGGCUGCUCAUGCUCGAAUUUGAGUACAACGACAUUUUCCCCGAGCUUCUCCGGUUAUCACUCCUCGCUUUCUUGACAACUAUCUUCUGGGGUUUUCCUGGUGUCAAAUUCGAGUACCCGCAUCUGGCCAACCAACUCCGACAAGCUUGCAUGGCCUUUACGCCCAGCACCCCUGGAGAGAGCUACCUCUACGCCUGGGCCUUGAUGGUGGGGGCAACGUCUGUGUUCCGAGGCCCUGAUCAGACCUGGCUUCUGCAAAGACUGCGCCCUCUGAUCCGGGACAGUCUAGGGAGGACGUGGUUCGAAGUAAAAAAUAAUUUGAGGCAAGUCAUGUGGAUCGAUAGCAUUCAUGACGGCCCCGGGAUAGAGGUCUUCAACCAAUGUCUUUGGGAAACAGGGGACAGAAGUAUUGUUCCGAUAUAGUAAUGGACGAGAUCUAUCUAGCACUCCGUUGACCUCUAUGCCUACCCCGAGGCUUGAUCAUUGGUACUCUGCACUGACGCCCUUGUCGAG